AUGUCUAAUAAUGAAUCACAUAUGAAAAUGGACAACUCAAUCAGGAUAGCACCAGCUGACACGAUGAAUACAGGAGAGUCUGAGGCAGGGUCUGUAUACACUGGAUCAGGCUACUCAGCUUCUAUGUGCGACACCAUGAAAUCAGGGAACUGGGUACAUAGGUUUGUAGAUUCAUUUAAGCCUUAUGACUAUUCUGGUUUUCCAUUCAAUGACCUCGAAUCGGAGUCAGCAAUGUCACCCAUUUUAUCAAAUGGAAGUAAGAUGAUGAGUCCAGUUGAGCAGAAAAACCAUCAAUUUGAUUACUCUAGAUUAACAGAGUUGGAGAAAGCAGCGAUGGUAAGUUCCACAAGCCCUCUUUCAAAAACGUUGAAAGCUAGACACCUUUCUUUAAUAUCAUUAGGAGGUGCUAUAGGUACUGGCUUAUUUAUUGGAUCUGGAAGCAUGUUGUCGUCUGCAGGUCCCUUCGGUUUAUUAAUUAUUUGGGUGUUUGUAUCGCUGGUAAUCUUCGCUACUAUGGCUAGCUUGGCUGAAUUGGCUACAGCAUUUCCCUUGUCUGGUGCUUUCGUCACUUUCAACACAUUAUUUGUCGACUCUUCUUUUGGAUUUGCGAUGGCUUGGAAUUAUGCUAUGGAAUGGUUAAUUACUUUACCAUUGGAAUUAGUAGCAGCCUCAAUCACAAUCGAUUACUGGGAGACUAAUGUCAAUCCUGCAGUUUUUGUAGCCGUUUUCUAUGUCGUGAUUGUGGUUAUAAAUCUCUUUGGUGUCAAGGGAUACGGUGAAGUGGAAUCAUUUCUCAGUCUUAUUAAGAUCUUGGCCGUUAUUGGGUUUUUAAUUCUUUCUAUCAUUUUAGUAUGUGGUGGGGGAGGACAUACAUUUAUAGGAGGAUCAAAUUGGCAUUCGCCUAAAGGAGGAAUGUUCAACUCUGUUGAGCCUUUUAAGCAAUGUUGUUCUAUACUUGUUUCGACUGCAUUCGCGUACUCGGGUGUUGAAUUAUUCGGUCUAGCAAGUUGUGAGACUGCAAAUCCCAGAGAAUCAAUACCAAAAGCCAUGAAGCAAGUCUUCUGGAGACUUUUGGUAUUCUACAUUGGUAGUAUCAUAAUGAUCGGUUUAUUAGUGUCUUACAAAUCGUCUGAACUCAUCGGAAAUAACAGUAAAGCAAGUAACGUAGGCGUCAAUAUUAAUAUCUCGCCGUUUGUCAUUGCCGUGAAAAAUGCACAGAUUCCAGCCUUGCCAUCAAUUAUAAACAUUCUUAUUAUAAUUACAGUUUUGUCUGUUGGAAAUGCUAGUGUUUAUGGAUCAUCAAGAACACUAGCAGCACUAGGAGCCCUAAAGCAAGCACCCCCAAUUUUUAAUUAUAUAGACAGAAAGGGGAGACCAAUAGUUGCUUUAUGCGUUCAAUUUGUGUUUGGUUUAUUGUGUUUCUUAGUGGCAUUGCCGGGUCCUAAUCAAACUAUAGAUGCAUUCAACUGGUUACUAAGUUUGAGUGGUCUCGCUGCCUUAUUUACCUAUAUUUCCAUUUGUAUUUGCCAUUUGAGAUUCAGGAGGGCUUUGAGUAUCAGAGCUAGAAUUGCUGAGGAAGAAUUGGUUUAUACUAGCCGCACAAUUUAUUCUUGGUAUGCGAUAAUUGCGCUUAUUGUGAUUAUUGGGUUACAGUUCUGGGCUGCUUUAUUUCCUCCUGGCAAUGAGGGCAAAGCAGACGUCAAAGGAUUUUUCCAAAUAUACCUUGGUCUUGCAUUCUGCAUCGUUUGUUAUGUUGGACAUAAGAUAUAUGCUAAGUUUUUUUUGAAUAUUCCAUUUUCAAAAUUCUACUUGACAGCCGAAGAGAUUGACGUCGACACAGGCAGAAGAGAGAUUGAUCUUGAUGUGUUGAAGGAGGAAAUCGCAGAAAAGAAAGAUACUUUGAGUCGUAAGCCAUUAUAUUAUAGACUCUAUAAUUUCUUUUGCUAG